GCAGAAGUACGUCAUUUGGUGAGUCAUAAGAAACUGGAAAUAUCAGUUUUAGUGGAAGCAACCGAUUAUAACACAAUUUACUGAGGAUAUUCCUCAACCAACAAGAAGAGUUCACUAGUGCUCUCUCAUUUCGAUUUGAUGGCUCGGUUGGGAGGCUGCUUGUUUUUUUAGUCCAACAUUUUCUUAAAGUAUUUUGUCUGAAACUCAACUUAACGUUCCUGCAGAAUAAGAAGGCAGUGUUAACAUGUCGGGAUACCAACGAUUCCAGAAUGAAGUGAGUUUGACUGCAGAUCAAUUGAGCGCCGUGUUCGAGUCACUUGACACCUGUGCUUCUGGAUUUCUCACAUUGGAUCAGUUCCUUGCUGGAGUCAGUAAUUUUGGAAAUGGAUCGAUCCUUGGAAACAAUGAAGAUUAUAUUGCCAAUAACUUCCAAACAGAUAAUGAUCAAAUUGUGAGAAAUAUCAUCAAUCUUAGUAUGUUGAAUAGGAGCGGAAGCUUACUGCAAAAGCUGAAUACAUUGAUACAGGACUCUGUGACUGAAGAAAUUGACAUACCAUGGAGGCAUUUCAUCCAGGAGCUUGGCAUCGACAUGCAGAGGCUCAAAGAACAGACAGAGGAAUUAGAGAGAGUCCUGGCAGCCAGAGAUCGUAGACAUGAAGAGGAGGUAGUAUAAUAUAGAAUACAUUGAGUGUGCUUCAAUUUCAAAAGCAGCUAUUCAUUCAUUAAUUUGAAAUACAUUAAAAUCGAUAAAAUAAAAGUGAUAUAUUAAA